CCUUACCCACCUUGUUUUGCUCUUCUUUCUCUCUCUUGAUCAUCGGUUUGAAAGGAAGAUCUUGUUGAAGCCUCUCUAUCUCCAUAUAUAUAUCGUCCUCAGAAAUUCUGAAGUUGAAGAGUUUUCUGAUGAUCAUCAUCAUGAAAGGAACAUAGGCUUCAGGAAUCUCCAGCAUCAAUGACUGAAGCAAAUGAUAGAGAUGGAAGAUAAAGAGAAGAGGGGUGGAGGUGAUCAACAAGCUGAAAACUUAUCUGCUGUAAUGUCCAUUUCUUCCCAGAAAUGUUCAUCCUUUGACUUGAAUGAAGAAGCUAGCAGUGAGGAGGAUUAUUAUUAUAAGAUUAAUGGCGAAGAAGGGGAAGACGAUGAAAUCGAGAAAAGAACCAAAGGGAGUUCCGGCGACGCUGGAGAGAAAAGUAAUGGUAGAAGAACAGCAAGGCAAUACGUUAGGUCGAAAUUGCCUCGGCUUCGGUGGACUCCUGAUCUUCAUCUCUCCUUCCUACAUGCUGUUCAAAGGCUUGGUGGCCAAGAGAGAGCAACUCCAAAGUUAGUCCUUCAAUUGAUGAGUGUUAAGGGACUUAGCAUUGCCCAUGUAAAAAGUCAUCUCCAGAUGUAUCGAAGUAAGAAACUUGAUGAAGUUGGACAAGUUUUGAGCCAAAGAAAUAUAGGAACUCAAGGAGGGGAUGAAUCCAAAAGCAUGUUGCAGCAGUCCUCAACUCACCAUCUACAUUUCAAAAUGGAAAAUGGUGGAUUUGUUUACUCUCCUUGUUACCAACCACCGUUAGAUUUCAAAGCUACCUUUCCAAGACACCAGACAAACCAAAUUCAUGGAAUGGAUAUGAGCAUGCGAAUCGGAGCGAUGAAAACUGGGCGAACACUUGAUGGGAAGAGGUGGCAUCCUUUUGAAACCAUGGGUGAUAGAUGGAGGUUCAAUGGAAAUAUGCCCAAGCUAGGCAGCUUUGCUGACAUUUUCUCGCAAUCUCCAUCACAAUAUUUUUGCAGAAGACCAAGCUCAUGUGGAAGAGGUUACUUCACAUGGCCAACUGAAGGAAACAAGAAAGUGGUGGCACCCUACAAGCACGAUACCUUGAGCAAGUUCGAUAGAUGUAGUACGGAGCUUGAGACACCGAUUUUGCUCGAGUUGAAGCAGGAUAAAAAGCUGAAAGACAGGGAUUGGUUGCCGGAUCUGCAGUUAAGGCUAAGCCAAAUAAGUGGAAUUGAAGGUGAGACGAGGACCAAUUGCAAAGGCCACCAGGAAAUCAGCACCCACCUCUCACUUUCGUAACCUCAAUAUUUUCUCAAGGUUCAAUGGAAUUGCCCUAAACGAAUAGAUCUUGGACUACACGCAUACACAGAUUAAUAAAAAUGUUGCGGACAAGGCCGAAAGAGGGUGAGUACUUAGUGAAGGAUCUGGCCAUGUAAGAUAUAAACCCACAGCAUGUGAGAUCUUUAUAAGUACUUGUCCUAGAGCCAAUUUAUAAAGCAGUGUUUGUUUUUCAUUUUGAAUCUUUGUG